AGCCUAUCGUUUCCCACAAUUCCAUUCCCUCACAUUGUUUUCUCUCUCUUCUUCGUUCAACAUUUUCUUCUUCUUUUUCUCUGCAACCAUGUUUGAUUCUGCAAUUGAGAUGAUCACCCAAGUUGCUUCUAACUCUCUUCUUGUCUUCUGUUUAUGCAACUUGAUCAUAGCGAUCAUCCUCAUAGGCUCAAAACCAUCCUCCACCUCUCAUCAGGACACCACAAUUCAUCUAUCUGUAGUGUCCGAACCAAAAAGAGGGAAUAGAGAAAGGAUGAAGGCUCAAUAUAUGUCCAAAAAACACAAUUCAACACUGUAUGUUGAUGGCACUGGAGUUUCAUAUGCUACUACCAAUUCAGAUAAAAAGGAAAAGGAAGGAACAAUGGAGAAUCACAAGAACAAUAUUCCUGGUAACUGUGAGGAAGAUGGUCAGGAAAACAAUGAUGAGCUGAGGAGAAGAGCGGAGGAAUUCAUUGCCAAGGUCAAUGGAGAAUGGAGAGCAGAACAAUUCAGGAUAGUUAGCUAAGCCUUUAACAUUUUCUGCAACUUUUGAGGUAGCAUUUGGAUUCUGAAUUUUCAUGUAUUGAUCAUCAGUAAUAUAUAUGAUGAAACAAGGAACAGACUAGGGGUAAGGCUCUCUGUGUUUCUGGGAUGUUUUAAAAGUUUUCUCAAUUGAUUGUAGCUCUCCUUCACAUGGAUAAGGAGGAAAGUAAAAAAGGGAAAAAGUGGGAUGUGGAGCUCAGUGCAUGCUUGAAGAUAAUAUUUGCUCUCUAUUUGUCUGUAAAAAACUUUUGUAAGCAAUAGGCAUAUUCUCUUUUGCUACAAGGUGUGCUGACCAAUUGACAAUUGGGAUUCUUUGUUCUCUGUUUUUGAUGUAAUAAUUAAUUUCUAAAAUC